GGACAUCUAUCGCUCAUCUUCACUUGUGAAGAAGAACAUGAUGGUAGACUACAUUUCCUUGACGUCCAAUUGAGCAGAAGAGAGGAUGGUUCACUCAAGAGAGAUGUCUAUAGAAAACCUACAUCUUUAGGACAAUAUACACAUUUCCUCAGUUUUGUACCAAUCCGAUACAAAGUCAAUUUGGUCAGAUGCCUCACGAAUAGAGCAAGACGUAUCUGUACAGAUGACUCCCUACAAAAUGAGUUAGGAUACAUCCAAAAUACGCUGGUCCAAAUGGGUUAUCCUAGUAGAUUUGUAAGGAGACACAUGAACACCAAGUACAAUAAAGAGAAACUGACAACAGUUGAAAAGAAACAACUGUUCAUGAAAUUGCAAUUUAAUGGGGACGUGGCUAGCGAAGUCUUACAUCUGAGAUUAUCGAGAGCGAUAAAACGGACUUAUACUGCCGCCACCCUUUGUUUGUCAUUUUCCAGCCGACCAAUUAUGAUUGCUCAAGUGAAAGACAAGCUACCUAGCUGUGCCACAUCUAUGUGUAUCUAUAAAUUUAGUUGCUCCUGUGGAGAGAGCUAUAUAGGGCGAACAACUAGACAGCUUAACAAACGCAUUAAUGAGCAUCUUCCUUCAUGGUUUGGAAAAGGUCAAAUAAAAUCUAUAAGAAGUUCUAUUUUGGCUCAUUUGAUUGAUAGUGGUCACCAAGUGGACAAAAAUAGUGCCUUCAAAGUUAUCUAUCGCAUUCCAUCGAGCCUUUCGAACGGAAUUCGAAUCCGUCUUUUACACAUAGCCGAAGCUAUGGGAAUUCGAGAGAACAAUCCUAGUCUUUGCAUACAAAAGAAGUUUGUUCUACCUUUGUCUCUCCCUUGGCCUAGGUAAAUUCUAUUCAAAACCCUCCCACCCUUUCUU